UGGGUCAGGACGCGGCGGGCCGCGGGGCGGGCCGUGGGGACCCGCGGGCUCGGGGCUGCUGUCCGCCCGCCGCGCGGCUCCCGGCCGCAGGUCCCCGGUGUCCGACGGCGGAGAGGCCCGCGCGGCGAGCUCAGAAACAAAACCCAAGAAAUGCCUCAUUCCACAAACAAAGAGCUGAUACUUGGCAUCAUGGUGGGAACUACUGGAAUCAGCUUGCUUCUUUUGUGGUACCACAAGGUUCGUAAAUCCAGGAAAACAUUGAAUUUACCUAAAUUUCUUUCCCUGGGUAGUAAGUUUGAUUCAAUGACUUUUCAAGAUGAAAUGUAUAAUGGCCAAGGAACAGCAGCAAUCUUUCAAGGAAGGCAGCUUCAGAUAUUGGAGAAGUUAAAUGAAUUACUGACAAAUAUGGAAGAACUCAAAGAGGAAAUCAGAGUUCUUAAAGAAACCAUUCCAAAGCUGGAGGAAUAUAUACAAGGUGAACUUGGAGGGAAGAUAACUGUUCAUAAGAUAAGUCCUCAGCACAGAGCUAGAAAAAGAAGGCUUACCACAGUUCAAAGUUCUGCAACAAGUAAUAGUUCAGAGGAAGCAGAAAGUGAAGGAGGGUAUAUUACAGCUAAUACUGACACAGAAGAACAGAGUUUUCCAGUCUCUAAGGCAUUUAAUACACACAUAGAGGAAUUAAAUUUAGAUGUCCUUCUUCAAAAGGCUGAUAAUUUACGUAUGAAUGAAUGUGGCAAGAUGGAGAGUUUUGAACUACUUUGUGAUCACAAAGAAAAGUUUAGAGAUGAAAUAGAGUUUACUUGGCGAUUAACUCGUGCUUAUGGAGACAUGUAUGAGCUAUCUACUAAUGCACAAGAAAAGAAACAUUUUGCCAAUAUUGGAAAGACAUUAGGAGAAAGAGCUAUUACUAGAGCACCCACGAAUGGACAUUGUCACUUGUGGUAUGCAGUUUUGUGUGGCUAUGUAUCUGAGUUUGAGGGCUUACAAAACAAAAUCAACUAUGGACAUCGCUUCAAGGAACAUCUAGAUAAAGCAAUCCAAUUUUUACCUGAAGAACCCUUUUUGUAUUACCUCAAAGGAAGAUACUGUUAUACUGUCUCCAAACUGAGCUGGAUUGAGAAAAAAAUGGCUGCUACUCUGUUUGGAAAAAUACCAUCCUCAACAGUGGAAGAAGCUUUGCAAAAUUUCCUUAAGGUUGAAGAACUACACCCUGGUUUUUCUAAGUCCAAUUACUUGUACUUGGCCAAGUGUUACAUUGAUCUUGAACAAGCAGAUAACGCUGUGAAGUUUUGUAAUUUGGCAGUGUUGCUUCCUUGUGUUACCAAAGAGCCAGCAGGGAAUAGGCAAAGCCCCACUGAGAACGAAGGAGGAAAGCCUAAUUCUGGGAAGCCAAUGAUUAAACUGUGAUAGGCAACGGACAAGUAGGCUGCCCACCUUGGAGCAAGAGGACUGUCCACAUGGCUGCCAUCUUCAAUCUCCAACUUCAACCCCACAGCAGAGUGUGGCUAUCUUCUACCAUGAAGAGGAUUUAAAAUAAUAUAUUAACAUUAUGUUGGUCUUUGAAAACCUACCACUAAUGAAGAAGAAACUAUCAUAUUGCUUCUUGUCCUUUUGUUCACUAAUUCAGGAUUCUGGAUGUGCUCUGUUUUAGGAAUUUCAGAGUAAACACCCCACUCAGUGUUCCUAUGAGCCAUAUAUUGGUGGUGUGGGAACAAAAGAAAAAUAGAUGAAUGUUUUCCUGCUCCCUUCUCAUACUACCAAACGUUAUCAUCCUCUGAAUCACAUCUAAAAGAAAUGCCUCUAGGGGCACCUGGGUGGCUCAGUUGGUUAAG